AUGGGCUUGAAAUCGCAAAACACAAUCUCGAGCCGUCAAAGGUCGUAUGCGUAUCCGCCACCAGCAAGAGGCAUCAGCAGACUCUGGGCGUGGAUCCCCGACUCGUGGGCGUGUCGCCUGUUCCUUCUCAUCACGUUGGCAGAAGCAUCCAUCGACAUUGCCAUCGAGAGCGUCUUGUUUGCACGAUACCAAUUUCACCGCAAGACACACGCAUCGCCGGACGAUGACUCCAAGUCCAGAGCACUCCCAGUGUUUGUGAUCGUGUUUUCGCUCGCACACAUCUACCAGUUCCUGCUCGCCGUCGACGCCGUGAUCAACAGGAACACGAUUCUCGUUAUCGGCGCCAUUCUCUUCAACGCGUGCUUCUUGGUCUACUCGCUCAUCCAGAUCUCCGAAAUUCGUUCGGUGCUGGGCGAUGGUGUAGCACAAGGUUCGUCGCAGACAGUGCCCGUUCAGGUACUGACGGGUGCCAUCCCCAUCGUCAUCGCCAUCGCCGAGAUCUCGUUCAUCGUGCUCGGAUGGAAGCUGUGGAAGGAGUUCGGCUGGCAAAUCUACAAGAAGAUCGGCGCCGACAGGAGCCUCAAACGCGGCUAUCUCCACUACCAGAUCUACGUGGCGCUGCUCAAAUUCGACUUCUUCAUCUUCAUCGCAUACUGCAUCCAGCUGGUUCUGGUGGUCAAGCAGAUUGGCUCAGCAGAGCGAUGGAUCACCAUCAUCUCGGCUCCGUUCUCGCUGCUCAUCCUCGUGUUUGCAUGGUACUCGGUGCGCAAAGAGCUCAAGUGGGGCAUGCUCACGUUCCUGGUCGGAUUGACGGGAGCGAUGGUCUACUUUGUCUAUAAGCUGUUCCGCAUCUGGCAGCUCAAGGACACGCUGUACAAAGAGGUGUACAAGAGCUUGACCGUCUUCUCGACGCUCUCGAUGCUGCUGCUCCUCAUCACGGCGGUCAUGACCAUCCAGUGCAUGCUCAACUUUGACCGCGGCUUGAAGAACGCCAUCUCGAGGCCGAGGAAGGAGCGUGCAGCAGCAGCCGCAGCCGCCGACAAUGGCUACAUUGUCGGGUACGACGGCAAAGCGUUGACACAUAGCAAGCGCGUGGUGCCACUUGCGGAAAAAGAAAAGGACGGAGAGGAAGGGAGCGUGUGUGUGCGCUUCGGCCACCUGACUCUUGGAUCCAUCAUGCACCGCGACCUUGAUUUUUGGUGGAAUUGCACCUUGAAGCUUUCUGGACUCCAUUGUUGUGCCACCUUGCCAAACGAGCAUCGACCCACCAUCAACCUUCUUUCGAGCAUAACACCCUCAGCAUCGUCAAUCACACAACGCACCUCCGACGACAAUCGGUCAAUAUCGCCGCGGCGCAUUUCCGCUAGAGACACUGAUCUUGCAAUCCACAUCGCGACCAUUGGUACUCUGUACCUGUCCGACGCGCCAACACAUCAUCCAUAUGAUACUCUGAGCUGGAUCUGGUUGCCGAGCGAGCUUGCUUGCGACCGUACACGGCGUAGCGCGUUCCGACCAGCUUUCGGCUUGGCACGGCUGCCAAGGUCGUGA